AUGGCCUCUCAACCUCCCGACCCCAGGACUCUCGAGACCUGGGAAGAUGCUUUUCAAUACCCGCUUCCAGUGGUUCGCAGGCUGGAGCAGCAGCUCCGAAGACACAUCGAUGACAACCGCCAGAAGCUCCGCUCUCUCGUGGGCACGAGCUAUCGCGACCUCCUGGGAACUGCGGAGAGGAUAAUCGACAUGGACGCACAGAUGCAGCUGGUGGAGUUCCACAUGGCACACAUUGGGAGACAGUGUAAUUCUCGGAAGCUGGAAAAAAUCGGCGACAACCACAAGAGCGUGCGAAGCGAGAGAAGACGUGAAGAGGACGUGAAGUUCAGCAGGCUGGCGCAAACGAAAGUGCUGCAGAACGCACUGAAUGUGACUUCGCGGAUCGUGAAGAGUGGUGGAGAUGCGCUGGUGGCUGCGAAGAUCCUCUUGCUGGCGAGGCUACUGCACAAGAGCCUUGCAGAGGGCGGUGAUCCCCCGGCAGUAUUGGAGAGCUUACGGAGGCAACUUGCAAGCGCGAAGAAGAGGCUAUUGAGCUAUAUUGCGAGAGCAUUGGCGCAUACCAGCCUCAAAAAGGCGAAGACCAUCAACACCCUCUGCGCCUACUCCUUGUUGACAGCGUGCGCUCCCAAGGAUGUCUUGCGAUACUUUUUGCAGAUCCGCUUUGAACAGCUGGAGCUGAUGGCUGAAGUUGGUUCAGAGACGAGUCUGUUGGAUAUGCUUGCUCUAUACAGCCAGACUCUUCUGGACGCCCGAGAAGUCUUCCCCAGGCGGUUCGCAGACUCGCUUUCCCAUAUCAGUACGACCACCUUGCUUCGCGAUCCUGACAUUCAGGGGGUGCACGAACUGAGCUUAGACAUAUACGAACGAUGGAUCGCGGAGGAUGUGCGGCACUUCCACCCAUGGGUUCGUCACGAUGAACUUUCCACGGCCAGUGUCGGAGCUGCCACGUCCUCGUGGGAAAAGCAGGCACAGGAAUGCUUAUUACAGACUUUAAAGGACGCUCUCAGCGCGCAGCAAGACGUGCAUACGGUGCUCCAACUUCGACAGAAAGUCAUCACAAAUUAUCUCGUGCUCAGUGCCAAAGUCCACGGCGAUAUCCAAGCACAGUCCCUCGUAGAUUUGAGGGAAGCAUUCCUCGAACAUUUGGAGUCUCUCGCUGAUGAAGCAGCAAGUAUCACUGGUGUACUACCCCAGAUGCAACAACACGAUGCCGAGUCAGGAGCAUUGAAUCUCUGGGAUGUCUCCACAGGGGAUUUGGAUCUUGGUAGAGGGAGUGCACAGUUCCGCGAUACGAUACUGAAAAGGCACCAUGGUCGCAAUCAACUGAUACAGGAAUCGAGCAUCGCUCUGGACCUUUGGCUUGCGAGGUUGCAUGGCUUUGGCGAGGCUAUUGUGACUAUGCAAGGGAUGAAAUGGGACGAAGACAUUGACUUGGACCUAGACGAUCUUGCGGGCGACGAACCGCUUCAGGUUGUCCUAAGCAAGCAAGACCCUCGACGACUGGAACGGAAGCUGCAGAAAGCUACGUUGAAGUCCCUGCAGGCGGUAUACACUACGCUCGAGAAUUCUUCCAAUCCAGACACGGACCCGGCACUGCUCAUCCGAAUCCUCCGUGAGGUCGACGAUCGUCGCCGGAGGCUGGCUGAGCUGGUGGAGAAUAUUGGAUCUGUAAAGUCCAGCGAUACUUUCGUGGCGACACUGCAUCAACAAUUGGCAAAAUCUGUCAUCGCUGUUCCCUUGGCGGAUUAUACGAAGAGACUGCACAACCACUCACGUGUCGCUGCCACGCUAUGGGAUGGAAGCCCUCCGCUACCGAUUCAGCCAUCGCCUUCCACGUUCCGUUUCCUGAAAAGUCUGCACCAGCACAUGUCUGAUGUCGGCACAGAUCUGUGGUGUCCCCAUGCAGUUCAGACCCUGAAGACAUAUCUCGUCGACACCCUGGAUGACAAAACAAUGCUUGUGCACAUGACUCAUGGUGCUGCUGCCAAUGCCGAUCCGAAUGGUCCACCAGUGGAGUCCGGGGCGAGCGGAGUCGCCACACCGACUGUGUCGCGAGAACGAUCUGUCCAGCAGUUGUUUGACGUGAUGUAUUUGCGACGCGUCUUGAUGACGAGCGCACACGAACCCGCCGGGAGCCCUGGGCUGCGUGAAGUGGCAGGCACGCUCCAGACACAGCUGGGUGCGGACACGGGGGUGGAUUACGAGCGCUUGGAGAAGAGCGCGGAAGCAUACUGGAAGCGCACGUAUUUACUGUUUGGACUUUUGGCAGCAGCAGCAGCAGCAACAGCAGCAGGACAGGCUAGUUGA